AUGGAGUCCUUGAAACAAAGCCUGGUGACAAGAAAAUGGUUUCUUUGCACUUGCGCAAGCUUCAUCAGUGGCUUGGUGCUGCUCUUCUUGUGCACCAAUGAAAGCCAGCGAACAGGUAGUAUUGGUGGUGGUGGUGCGAGUGAUUUCUUCCUUCUGGCUAAUAACUUCAAUGUGAAUCAAUCCUCCAACGCUACUUUGUCAUUUACAUCUCCAUCAAACCUUGCCAUAUCUCCACAAUUAUUUAUUAGUAAUAUGAAAGAAGAAGGUCUAGUUUCUCCACAAACUCAUAUUGCAUUGCCUCCUCAAAGCUCAAAAGACACAAUGCCAUUGGACGCUAAGCAAGAAGUGCAUUGUGAUAUCUUUGAAGGGAGAUGGGUUUAUGAUAAAAAGAAAUAUCCUCUCUACCAUGCACACAGAUGCCCUUUUCUUAGUGACCAGGUGAAUUGUAGAAGAAACGGCAGACCUGACUCUGGUUAUGAGCAUUGGAGAUGGGAACCAAGAGGCUGUGAAAUUCCCAGGUUCAAUGGGAGUGACAUGCUAGAGAGGCUGAGAGGGAAGCGGGUGGUGAUAGUAGGUGACUCGUUGAACAGGAACCAGUGGGAGUCACUGUCUUGCCUUCUAUAUACUUCUGUUAGGCCAUCUCGGGUGCUUGUCAAAGCUCAGGGUUCAGACCACAAGAUCUUCAGGGCUUUGGAUUAUGGGUGCUCAGUGGAGUUCUUUUGGAGUCCAUUCCUGGUUAAGCUGGAGGAGAUGAAAGGUGAUGAUAAGAAGGUUUUGAAACUGGAUAAACUUCAUGGAACAGAAAAGAGGUGGAGAGGUGCUAAUAUCUUGGUGUUCAAUACUGGACAUUGGUGGACUCAUAGCGGGAAGAAGUGGGACUAUUUUGAGAAGAAAGGGAAGUUGGUGGAGGAGAUGGAAAGGGAUACUGCUUUUAAGACUGCAGUCCGAGCAUGGGCUAAAUGGGUUGAUCGAGUAGUGGAUUCGACCAAAACCACUGUAUUCUUUCGUAGUAUCUCGCCCGAGCAUAAACGGCAGCAUAAACAAUGGUGCUACAACCAAACAACCCCCAUCACAAAUGAAACAUAUAUUCAGUUAUUUCCAAGAUCCAUGGUAAGGAUAGUCGAGCGAACAAUUCAAAAGAUGAAAACACCAGUGAAAUACUUGAAUAUUACAAGGUUAUCAGAAUAUAGAAGGGAUGCACACACAGUUAUAUAUACUUCAAAGCAAGGAAAGGUCCUCACAUUUGACCAGCAAAUGCAACCUGAGAAGUUUGCAGACUGUAGCCAUUGGUGUCUUCCAGGUUUGCCAGAUACUUGGAAUGUGCUUAUAUAUGCAUCCAUUGUUGGAUUAAACUAGUCCGACAUUCUGUUGUUCGACUUCUGUGUUCUCCUUUCUAAAUUCUUCCCAAUCUAUUCACCAAUAAAACUGAUUUAUAUGGUUUGAAAACAAGUUGAAAAAAUAAACAUUACCUACUGUUGGAGUUUGACUAAAGAUCAGCUGUGGAUGGAGUGGAAGAGCAUGUGCUGACGUAAAGCUCGCUCACAGAAUCCUAGUGAGUUGUGA